UCAACAGGCAAAAAAAUAAUCAGUCUGAAUAUUCAGUCUGUAACAACUUACAAGACAAUUUCUAACGUUAUUGGAUAUUUAAAAGGAACUGUAUUUCCUGACAGAUAUGUCAUCAUUGGUAGUCAUCACAACAGUUUCAAUACUUAUGGUGGACAAGAAUGGGCCAGUAGCACUGCUAUCAUCACAGCAUUUAUACAAGCCUUGAUGUUGAAAGUUAAGAGAGGCUGGAAACCUGACCGGACCAUUGUUUUCUGCUCAUGGGGAGGAACUUCAUUUGGGAACAUUGGUUCAUAUGAAUGGGCAGAGGAUCUCAAGAGAGUUCUUCAAAGAAAUGUUGUGGCUUACAUUAGCCUUCAUAAUCCGGUCAGAGGCAACUCAACUUUACACCCUGUUGCAUCCCCUUCUCUUCAGCAACUGGCAGCAGAGAGCCAGAGCUUCAACUGUGUGGAAAAGACCAAAUGUCCAGGAUCUAAUGUGAGUUCUGUGCAGAUACAGGGAGAUUCAGAUUAUUUCAUCAACCAUCUUGGAGUACCUGCCAUGCAGUUUUCUUAUGAAGACAUCAAAACAUCAGAGAAUUCUAGUUUUCUCUCCGAAGCUCUUUUUCCUGUACAUACAACAAAAACUGAAGAGCUGGAUCCCUCCUUCAGCCUGCACGAGACCAUUGCAAAGCUAACAGGACAAGUGACUUUGCAAAUUGCCAAUGAACCAGUUUUGCCGUUUAAUGCCCUCGACAUCGCGUUAGAAGUUCAGAACAGUCUUAAAGUAAUAACAGGUGAUGAAGUAGACAUUCCUCAGUUGCUCGCAAUGGCAUCACGUCUGAGGGACACCGCAGAAUUGUUCCAAUCAGAUGAGAUGCGCCCAGCUAAUGACCCCAAGGAGCGAGCUCCUAUCAGAGUCAGGAUGCUCAAUGAUGUGCUACAAAACUUGGAGAAAAGCUUCCUGGUUCAUCGAGCUCCUCCAGGAAUUUACAGGUCUUCGCACGGAGAGCUUGUGUCUUUUACCCGAAAGGUGCAGCACUUGUGUGGCGUUGGAACAACGAGUAAUAAUAUUGCAAAGAAAUGUGAUAAUCAAGAAAACUUCAUAGAGUAUCAGGCACAGGACACUCAGUGCA